AUGUCUUGGCACCAGCUGAAGGCUUGCACGGCGCAGAUCACAUGGUUUCUGCACGGUAUUUCGGAUUUUGCUCAAAACACGCCUCCUGGCUCGGGUUACACCAAUCCUCGCUACCCAACGCGGCCAAAGGAUAUCCACCUCGAGAACCUCGAGAACCUCGAGAACCCAACGCGGCCAAAGGAUAUCCACCUCGAGAACCUCGAGAAGGCUGUGAACCAGAAGGUGCCGCCACUCUUGCGACUCGCACUCAAAAAAGCAGAAGCGCAGUGCUGCGUGUGCGUCUCGAAUCAGGCUCAUAUCACCUCAAUCUCACCGUAG